UUAGGUCAGCAGUGUGGUUAAUGUUAGGUUUAAAAUCAGAUUUUAAGAAGAAACAUUGUAGACAUAGCUGGGUGUAAGACUUUGUUGCUGUUCUAACUAGUUACGACCCUGACACGGGACGUUUUAUCCGGGUAGAAGAAAAGCAGUUGACUAUAGUUUUGAUUUUAUUAUAUUUUAGAACAGCUUGCUAACUUAGCUAUACACGUCGAUGUCUUCGAAUUCAAGAGUACAAUACAAGGGGAAAAGAAUGUCUCUUGUGGAGGAGCGAGAGAAGGCCACCCUCAGGCAGUGUGUGCAGGCGCGCUCUCAGCUGGAGGAGGCCAUCGGUGGGGUGACGAGGGCUGAGGCCCAGCUCAAGGACAACUCCAGAGAGGUGAAGUCCCAGCUUCACACCUGUAUCAGCAGACACCUGGAGUUUAUGCGUUCCCGUGAGGUGUGGCUGCUGGAGCAGAUUGACCUUGUGGAGCAGCUAAAGGGAGAGGCUCUGCACACGCAGCUGCAUCAGCUUCACUGUCUCAGAGGCCAGUUUGACAUUCUCAUUCAUCAGCUAGAGAACUCCAACAGCAACAAUCUGGCCAACCAGCUCACCAGCUGCUUGGAAAAGUUAUCUUCCCUGAACUUGACUCCUGAGGAAACCCCUGAGAUGAGCUUCCAGGCUGACACUCGUUCCCUGCGUCAGGCCAUCACCUCCUUUGGAACCAUUGCCACCCAGCACAUGGAAGUAGGACCCGUGCUGAAUAUUGUUCCUCAAAAAUCGAAUACUAGUGAGCAAUCUUGGCUUCAGCAGAGCUGUCCAAUCGCAGCUAAGAAACAGAGUGCAACGUCUGUACCUCUUUCCGACUGGCUCCUUGGAAACCGUCCAGUGACUACUACCCCAGUUGGAUACCAGCCAAGCAAGAACCCACAGGAUUGGUUGAUCCCCCGCAGCGAUAUUCAGUCAUCCUGCCCUAAGGCCCCCUUUGACUUCCACAAGUCCUGGGGCCACCUGAUGGACCUGGAGCUGUGGCUGCUGAAGGAGGAGACUCCCAUCAGAGAGAGAACCAACAGUAUCUGUAGCACCAGCAGCAGCUCAACCUUCUCCAUCGAGAAGAUUGAUGAGUCUGAGUUAGACAUGGCUCUUGAGGAGGAAGAGAGGGCAGAGAUGGAGAAACUGAGUGACUGGCUCAUCACCCCAGCUACUGUUGCCAAGGAGACCACCAGCGAGAGCUGCCAGGCCUCUGAUGUUGACAGGUGGAAGCAGGUCUUCAAGCCUUUCCAGGAGGGCUUCAACACCAGCGAUUGGCUGCUCAAAUCAGACUGCGGUUCUUGCUGUGACAAGUCUGUGGAGAUUGAGAACCUGGGCAAAAUCUUGUGCCUGAAAACCACCCCCACCUCUGCUGUCACCACACCCCAGACACCCAGCCCUGUAGACAACUGGCUGCAGCAGGCCAUUCCAGUCCAGCAGUCCUGCAAAGCCAACGAGUCCUGCGCCAGCUUCUCCCAGUGUGUGUGUGAUGAGAACUGCGGCAAAGAGGCCCUCUCCACCUGGCUCCUCAAGAAGGAGGGUCGGGACAAGAACGGGGUCUCGGUGGACAAAAACAACCCCAGCAAGCAGUCCACCCUCUACCUCCAAGAGCAAGAACAGAAGGUUCAGGGCAUCUUGGAGGCCUGGCUCUACCCUAGCAAGACCAUAGGCCCCACAUCCCAAGCCUUAUCCCUCUCAGCCUGGGUGUCUCAACCAGCCUCCCAGGGGGAGGAGAAGGCCAGCAGGGUGGAACACAGCUCCCAGUUCGAAGCCCCCAAGUGGGAGAACCCCUUCAGCAUACCACUGCAUCCAGAGUUCUGGGUCUUACCUGAGAAGACUCACAGUAGCACUGCUGUCACAAAGGAGCAACCCAGCACAGAUCCAGAGGAGGACAAGUGGCUUCUACGCAAGCGGGCCAAUGCUCAGGAGCGACUUGCCCCUCCCACAGUAUGUGAUCUAUUUUCCUGUAUGAAAAUCGGUGGCGACCAAGAGAAGUGGCUACACCAGGCACCUAUACAAAUGUAAAAGCUGUAACCAGUAGCUUUUUGAGGAGAUUUUUAGGAUUCUAUUGUGGAGCCACUUUAAUGCUGAUCGUCGCGCACAAUGUCUUGAUUAACUUUUUCCUCCAAUGCUCGUCUGGGUCUCUUCCCCCCUCUCUCUCUGAGAUGUGCCUCUAGUCUGAAGUAGAGACUGGGGUUUGGAUGUACUGCCAUCUGGAUUUUUUUGAAUUUGUCUUCUAUAAUCAUAGCGUUCUCAAUGUCAAGCUAGCAAGAUGGGCACUUGGAUCUAAAGCUAACUCACAAUGUGAUUUUUGAGAAUCUCUAUUCUCGAAAGUACCAGCUCAAUACAUUGUUUGGUUUGAGGGAGGUGAGAUUUUAUUUUAAUCAACCAUAUUUUAAGAAACCCUUUUUAUGGAAUGGGGUAAAGAGUUGUCACGCAUACAUCACUAGUGCUGUUCACAGAAUUCCAUCAGUCUGACUGCACUGCACUGUGGGUAUAUCUAGUCUCCCCCCCCAAUACUCAAAUAAGACUAUCAGGUAAUGUAAGCUACACUUUGAUUUCUAUUUCCUAGUAUAUGUUUUCUUCCGAUCUGGUGAAGUCUUAAACACCAGUAUAGCUUUCUCUUCAAUGGCUUCAAAAUAGUCAUCUGAAUUACAAGCGUAACCUAAAGGUGUUCUCCAUGACCAAAACAUCUUCCUUUAUCGCACUACCAUAACUCUGUAGUUCUGGUUUAUGUGCCUCAAGUUUGCUUCAUUGUAUUUAGUGGAUACGUUGUGGAAAGUGUUGGUUUUCGUGUCCGGUAUCACCUGUGUGUUGAGAUUGUAUCACUGCCGUGCAAGAGUUGAUUGUUUUCAUGUUGCAAAUAUGCACGCUGAAAAUGUUGUGCCCAAUAUAGUAAUUCCAUUGAAAUGACUUUCGAUUGGCUGAAUCGAACGAAGCAAACGACUACUGCGUAAUCACGGUAGAACCGAUCAAAAAUAACACCUUGUAUUGAUAACCACUAUGUCUUUCUGCAUAUUACCUCUGUAGAUGUCUCUCCAUAGUGGGUAAACCCAAAGGUAUUUGUACAUGGCUCUUGAAGUGCAAUGGGGAGUUGGGUAGGAGAGGAGAAACACAAUGGUGCUUGAUGAAUGCUUCUAAUUGUUUUUUUUCCCUGUUCAUUUUUAACAUAUUACCAUGAAGUACUAUCCAUAUGAUCGCUUAUCUAACUUUCUCUGCUGUUGUACUAUAUUUAACUCUUAAUAAAAACAACACAUUGAG